AUGCUCGCCGCCGUCGCCAGGGACGGCGCGGACCUCAUCCUCUCGCUCCCGGAGGACGUGCUGGCGCUCAUCUCGGCGCACCUCCGGCCGCGCGACCUCCUGGCGCUCUCCGUCGCGUCCCGCCGCCUCCGCCGCGCGCUCUCCGCCGACAAGGCGUGGCUGGCGCAGUGCCGCCGCCUGCUGCCGUCGCCGGCGCACCUCCUGUCCUGGCGCGCCGCCGCCGCGGGCGACUCCCUCUCCGUCUGCCGCUUCCUCCACUCCGCCGCGCCGCUGCUGGGACUCUGGGCGCACCAGAACCCGGAGCUCGGCAACCUCGUGGCCGCCGUCCCGGGCUUCCUCUCCGUCGUCGCCGCACGCGCCAUCCCGCAGGAGCUCUCCCCGCGCCUCCUCUGGGCGCCCGUCUUCGAGCUCCUCGCCGACGCCCACGGCCGCCCCGCGCUCCUCUUCCUCCACGGCCAUCACCACGCACACCUCUUCCCUGGCCUCCUCGCCUCACUCCAGCCCCACGCCAACGUCAUCUUCCUCGAGGCGCACACCGCCCGGGAUCCGCUCGCCUCCUCCUCCUCCUCCUCCUCCUCCUCCUCCAGCCUACAGCGCUUCGCCCGCCUCUCCUUUGGCGACCGCCGCCGCCUGCUCGACUCCCUCGUCGCCGCUUGCCGGGUCACGCUGCCGCCCGACCUCGUCGACGCGCCGCUCUUCGCGUGCUCCGACGACGACCUCCCGCUGCUCGCCAAGCGCCGGGAGGCCAUGCUGCGCCUGCACAGGGAGGCCGCCGGGGGCAUGGUGCGCACAACGGAGGUCCAGGGCGUCCUUCUGGAAGCCAAGAAGAAGGCGACGACGCCGUCGCCGACCGACGGUGGGCGCAGGAUUCCCCUGCGGAGGAGCCUCUCAGCUGUGGCGGGCUAUUUCAGGAACGGCCUGCGCCAGAUGGUCACACGGUCAGUGUCAGCAAAUUCCAGGACUGACUAUGUGGACACCAAACAUCUCGCAUUGUCUGACUUCCUUCACGACGGUGAGAGUGUCGGGCUGAGCCUCCGCGGCGCAAGAAUGCGGCUGUCGACUUACCGUGCGUGGCCGAGCAUGCAUGACAACCGGUUCGCGCUCUACAAGCUCACGGUGCAGGCGCCCGUGCCGGGAAGGGAGUACGCUGGCCUGUGGGGAGGCACAUUCGGGUGGCCGCCAGGGCGGCCAAACAAUGAAUGCAAGCCCAAGAAGGCUCUCUUCUUCCUGCUCCUCUCAUACGAGGAGGACAGUGAGGGGGAGCUUCAGCUGAUCGCGACCAAGGUGUUGGAGGGAACACACUAUGUUGUCCAUCCCAAUGGGUCUUCGAUGUUUAUCGCGAGGAUGGGCGAGCCAUCAACAGAGCCUUUUCCAUGGCAGACUGAUGGGGAGUCCCAAAAUGUUGAUGUCGAGAGAGGCUUCGCGGGAGAGGGCAUUGCAAAUGGGUAUGGCUUCAGAUACCCUGGCUCAAAGCCUGGUUCAUUGUUUGUCCUCCAGGAUGGGCUGCUUGCAUUUGUUUGGAAAGAGACCGGGGCCGUGCUUACCUUGCAAAGACUGGAUUUGGAGGAGUUGCUGAAGAAAGGGGAGCGUGUGCCUGCAUUGCAGCCGGUGCCAAACUUUGCUUACCUGACAAAGUCUUACUCCAAUGUUUUCACCGGUUUCCCUGGCAGCUCGGCUUCUCCCAGGCUUAUAUCGAUUUUGAAAGUUCAGUUGGACAAAUUUGUUAGAAGGAACACCUAA